AUGCCCACCAUGUGGUUGUCCGAUAUGCAGAAGAUCGGUGCGGUCUUCUGCACUGCUGGGAGUUUAUUUUUCUUCUUGGGCAUUCUCAUGUUCUUUGAUAGAUCAUUACUUGCAAUGGGAAAUAUUCUUUUCGUGAUCGGCCUUCCUCUCAUUCUCGGCCCACAAAAGACGCUCUCUUUCUUCGCCCGGCGCCAGAAGCUCUUGGGGUCCGUAACCUUCGCCCUGGGUAUCCUCCUUAUUCUCUUCCGCUGGCCACUUAUCGGCUUCUGCGUCGAGUUAUACGGCCUGUUUAUCUUAUUCGGCGAUUUCCUGGUCACUCUAGGCGCGUUUGUGGGUGGUUUCCCUAUUGUCGGGCCGCCGUUGAAGAGGGCCUUGACCUGGGUUGGGACCCUCGGCGGACGGCGAGGCGGCUCAGAACUGCCAGUCUGA